AUGAAACCUGUAGCUGUCUUUUUCCUCUUCACCAUCUCCUCUGCAUUUGCAGUGACUGUUAAACCUGUCUCUACAGGUUGCUACUUUACAAAAAUAAUGUUUAUAUCCCUAUUUAGACACUUAUCUUCACAUUUCAGAAUGUAAUUAAAGAAACAAAAUGAUAGACGGUUAACUGUGACCAUAUCUAUUGUUUUUUGAUCAUUUAUUCAUGCAAAAUAGUCAAAAGCUCCAGAAAUAUGUUGAAGUUUUCUCUAAUUCUAUCAAGUCUGCCGGGCUUUUAUUUAAUUCAUUAUUGAACCUUCGAGAAUGCAGACUCAUAUUGUCCUCUGUCCUGUUUUUCAGAGAAAUACAUCGACAAGAUCUUAGUGUUUCCAGAACCGUCAGUCAACACCUAUGCUGUGAUGACACCGCUGAAACCUCUGAACUUGAAGGCCUUCACUCUGUGCAUGCGGGUGGCCACAGAGCUCAGUGGUUACAGAGAGGUCAUCCUGUUUGCAUACCGCACCAAAGACCACGAUGAGCUGAAUGUGUGGCGUGAGAAAGAUGGGAGGUAGACAAUCAAUACACAUACUAUUGCAUCCACUGCUGCACAAAACUAAUGCUCCUCUAGGGCUGAUAAAUAGGCACCGCUAGCACUUAAACACUACUAUUAUGGAUGUCACAAUGUUUGAUACUUUGCCACCUUAAGUUAUCAUGUUUUGAAUGGUAUUUUAAAGCUCCUAUAAGUAUUUUUUUAACAUUAUUGAAAUAGACUAAACAGGCUUACAAUUACAACACUAAAAACAUCUAUCACCCAUUAGACCCAUCAGUAGACAACACAUAAGCAAUCCUUGCAUGAAGCAUGCUAACUCAGCUUAGUUAUCGUCAGGUCUGAUAAGUAGAGAGACACAGCAGAUUAACACGAUGCCUUUACUUGUUUAUGAUGUAUUCCUUUGUGGUUUUGUGUUUGCAGAGAACACACGGGGUUAGAGUGAAAAUGACUUGACUGUUAAUGACGAUAACUGAAUAAUUUUAACACCACACUUUUAUCUACCUGUCUCAUCUCAUGCUUCUAUUCUGGUUUUAAAGAUCUUUGAUUUACAGGGGUAUGUCUGUACAGGACUACAUUAUCAGGACUCUGAUAAUGUCUAUUUCGAUCCAGCACACAUGGAGGCUGCUGCAAACAAAUAUCGAAAUCUGAGCUGCUGUUUUCAUUUGUGAAAUGACAAAAAGAAAUAAGUACCACGAUCAAUCUUUCCUAUAGCUGACUCUAACAAAUUACUGGAAGCUACCAAGCUUCCAUGACUGUUGUGUUGCCAUAACACUAAAAAUAUACUGGUGUAAAAGAAACAUAAAGCAUCAUUUUUCAUAUUCCUGUCCUGUAGGUUGUCCCUCUACCUGAGAUCAAGCUCAGAAUGCGUUAAGUUUAGAGUGCCUGAGCUCGGAGCCCUGACCACCCACCUCUGCCUCACCUGGGACUCCAAGACAGGUGCCACAACCAUCUUCAUGAACGGGCAGAAAAGCUUGACCAAAAUCUACAGGAAGGGUCACACUAUCGAAGCUGGGGGAACUGUUGUCCUUGGACAAGAUCCAGAUUCUUACCUGGGUCAUUUCGACUCCUAUCAGAGCUUCGUCGGAGAGAUUUCUGAUGUGGACAUGUGGAGCUAUGUCCGUCCAGACACCGCCAUGGUCGACAUGGCCAACUCAAGGGGAAAGAACCAAAUUGUGCGGGGAAAUGUGAUCAACUGGGCCACAGGAAACCUCAAAUUAUUUGGAAAUGUUUAUGCCCUUAAUCACCUCCUGUAG